AUGCGCCAAACGAAACUGUUUUGCCCUCCCGGGAGUCAACUGACUCAGCCUAAAGUAGACAAUCUGAUCGUCAAGUUCGUUGUGGAUGGGUUGCAUUCAUUAUCGACAUUCGAAGAGCCAGGCUUCAUACAGCUUGUAACAGGCUUGCACCCAGGGACUAGUGUGAUGUCGCGACGCUCCCUCGGUCGGCGAAUUGAUGAGGAAUGGGAAAAGUUUCUGGAUGACGCGCGAGAGAAGUUGUCUGGUCAAAGCUAUGUUGCAACCACAGCUGACAUCUGGUCCACUCACCAUCGUAGCUUCAUGGGUGUCACGGUUCAUUGGAUCGAUGCUGACACCCUUUCUCGGAGGUUGCUCGCACUGGCCUGCAGGAGGUUUCCUGGAAGCCACACGUACGACAGGAUAGCUGAAAUGCUGGAAGACAUUAGGCAGUCCUUCGACAUCUCGCGGGAGAAGGUCGUAGCCACGGUCACGGACAACGCCAGCAACUUCGCCAAAGCCUUCAGGGAGUUCGACUUUUGUUCUGAGAUUACUGACCAGGAUGAUGUCGCCGCCGAUUUGUCCUUUGAAAUUAUGGUCGAACCCGACAACCUGGACGAUGCUGAAAUCAACUUGCCUCGUCACCUUCGAUGCGCAUGUCACACGCUGAGUCUUGUGGCAACUUCAGAUGCGAAGGCAGUCUUGUCGACACCGUCCUUUGAACGUGCUAACACAUCGGUCAUGUCAAAGUGUUCGGCUCUAUGGAACUGCGUUCGAAGACCCAAGUCGUCUGAAGUUAUUGUGGACAUCCUAGGGCAUUCUCUGAAGACGCCAUGCGUAACACGCUGGAAUUCAUUGUAUGACAGCAUGAAAGACCUCCUUCGCUCGAAGGAUAAACUGCGAGAUGUCUGCGAUGGACUAAAUCUGCAGACAUUUCAAGAAAGAGACUUAGCAUUUAUUGCCGAGUACUGUGAGAUCCUGCAGCCCAUCGCCUCCGCUCUGACGCGACUCCAAGCGCAGUCCGAUUGCUUCUUCGGGGAGCUGCUGCCAACGCAUUUUACCGUAAAAUCAAAGCUUCAGGAGAAGGCUGGUAUGGACUUCGUCUACUGCAGACCACUUUUGGAUGCGGUUACAUCUGGGUUCAUUCGCAGAUUUGACGAGCUUCUGCGAAUGAAACCAAGUGCAAAUGAAGCGACUGUUGCUGCUGUUCUUCACCCUUACUUUAAGUUAUGGUGGUUGUCACGAGAACCUCAAGAUGUCCGCGAGCAUGGCCAGCAACUCACAGAAAAAGCUGUAAUUGACUUUGUAAAUGCAACCAAGCAUACCACGCGUCCUUUGGCGUGCGCGCCAUCAACCUCUGCAGCCUCUGACGUAUCGGCUGAUGCAUUCUUUUCUUUUGAAGCCCACUGCGGCACGAGCCCCAGUUGUCAGGAAGAUCAAGUCAAACUUGAGUUCCUGGGCUACCUGCAAGAUCCUCGAGUUGAAUUUGAUAUGCUCCGCUCCUACCCUUCUCUGAGAAGCGCCUUCAUUAGAUACAACACCUCAACGUGCUCCUCGGCUCCUGUAGAACGGCUGUUCUCCUUCGCGUCGCUAAUCUUACGCCCGCAUCGUGGCGGACUUUCAGACCGGCGUUUUGAGCAAAUGCUUCUGCUUAAGGCUGCGGUCCCACGGGUGCCAUCGUGA